CGAGGGGGAAGGGGGAGGGAAGAGAGAGGGAGAGGGAGCGCGCGCCAGCCAACCAGCCAGAGCGCGAGCGAGAGCGGCCUCGCGCACGGGACUCAGGGGCCCCCUCAGGCGGAUUCGGGGAUUUCUCAGCGGCCGAGGAGCGCCAUGGCGGCAGUGCUGAAGCGGGAACCGACUCUUCGCGCCUCUCCUUCCCUUUCCCCUUCCUCCGGGGCUUCCCUUCCCGUCACGGCGGCCACGGCAUUGACGGCGGCCCCUUGGCUGGGAGCGGCGCUGCGUCUCCUGGUCGCGGUGCUGCUGAACGCCGCUCGGGCCGAAAAAGAAGCUUUUAUCCAGUCAGAUAACUUAAUCGAAGUUCUGCGCUUUGAUGAAGGAGGUUUAUUACAGACUGAGACAACUGUUGGCCUCAGUUCGUAUCAACAAAAAAGUUUAUCUAUGUAUCGAGGGAAUUGCAGGCCUAUUCGGUUUGAACCACCCAUGCUGGAUUUUCAUCAACAGCCAGUUGGGAUGCCAAAAAUGGAAAAAGUUUAUUUGCACAAUCCUAGUUCAGAAGAAACUAUUAUAUUAGUAUCAAUAUCUGCAACAACCUCCCAUUUUCAUGCAUCUUUUUUUCAAAACAGGAAAAUUCUCCCAGGAGGGAAUACAUCUUUUGAUGUAGUUUUUCUUGCAAGAAUGGUUGGAAAUGUAGAAAACACUUUAUUUAUUAACACAUCUAAUCAUGGAGUGUUUACUUACCAGGUGUUUGGUGUAGGAGUACCAAACCCCUAUAGGUUGCGCCCUUUUAUUGGGGCAAAAGUUCCAGUAAACAGUAGUUUUUCUCCUAUAAUAAAUAUACACAAUCCCCACAGUGAGCCUUUGCAGGUAGUAGAAAUGUAUUCAAGUGGAGGAGAUCUCCACCUAGAACUUCCAACUGGCCAACAAGGAGGCACACGAAAAUUAUGGGAAAUUCCCCCCUAUGAAACAAAAGGAGUUAUGAGAGCCAGUUUUUCUUCAAGAGAAGCAGAUAAUUACACAGCGUUCAUUCGAAUAAAAACAAAUGCCUCGGAUAGUACAGAGUUUAUCAUUCUUCCAGUAGAAGUAGAAGUCACAACAGCCCCGGGAAUUUAUUCUUCGACAGAAAUGCUGGAUUUUGGUACAUUACGAACACAAGAUCUGCCCAAAAUUUUAAAUCUACACUUGUUAAAUUCAGGGACAAAGGAUGUACCAAUAACAAGUGUUAGACCCACACCACAAAAUGAAGCUAUCACAGUACAUUUCAAACCAGUUACGUUACGAGCUUCUGAAAGUAAAUACACCAAAGUUGCAAGUAUUAGUUUUGAUGCAUCAAAAGCAAAACGAUCUCCACAGUUUUCUGGAAAAAUAACUGUUAAAGCAAAAGAGAAGAGCUAUUCGAAACUUGAAAUUCCAUAUCAAGCAGAAGUAUUAGAUGGAUACUUAGGAUUUGAUCAUGCAGCCACAUUAUUUCAUAUCCGUGACAGUCCAGAAGACUCUGUGGAAAGAUCAAUAUAUUUAACAAAUACAUUCAACUUUGCAGUCUUCAUUCAUGAUAUAAUACUUCCAGAAGAAAUUAAAACAACAUUUAAAAUCCAGAACUUCAGCAAACCAGUGUUAAUUCCACCAAAUGAAUCCAGAUAUAUUUUCACACUUUAUUUUGUGGCUUCUCUCUCAUCUUUGCACAUUGAUAACAAUAUUUUAAUCAUUACCAAUGCUUCUAAAUUUCAUCUACCUGUGAGAGCAUAUACUGGAUUUCUAGAUUAUUUUGUUCUACCCCCAAAACUUGAUGAACAAAUCAUAGAUUUUGGUAUACUGAGUGCCACAGAAACUAGUAGCAUUUUAUUGGCAAUCAUUAAUAGCAAUCCAAUUCAGCUGGUUAUUAAAAGCUGGCAUGUGAUGGGUGAUGGCUUGACCAUGGAACUUCUAGCUGCUGGAAAAGGAAACAGAACUGCAGUAAUAGCAAGUCUUCCAGACCUGAAAAAGGCCGGUGCAUUGGAUCAAACUUCUGUAACAUUGACACCUGGUUCUUACACAGUGUUCAGAAUAAACUUACUACCAAAAGAACUUGAAGGGAUUCAUGAUGGGGCCAUUCAGAUCACAACAGAUUAUGAGAUCUUAACAAUUCCUGUGAAGGCUGUAAUUGCUGUAGGCUCCUUGACAUGCUCCCCAAAACACAUUCUUCUCCCACCUUCCUUUCCAGGCAAGACAGUCCAUCAGAGUUUAAGUAUUAUGAGCUCUUUCUCACAGAAAGUAAAAAUACAGCAGAUUCGCUCACUUUCAGAAGAUGUUCGCUUUUAUUACAAGAGAUUACGAAGCAAUAAAGAAGAUUUGGAGCCAGGAAAAAAAUCAAAGAUAGCAAAUGUUUAUUUUGAUCCUGGUUUACAGUGUGGAAAUCACUGUUAUGUGGGAUUGCCUUUUCUGAGUAAAUCUGAAUCAAAAUUACAGCACAGUUUAUCUAUGCAAGAAGAUGCAUGGGAUUCUGACUGGGAUUUGCAUGAUAAUUUGUUCAAAGAAUGGAUUGGAAUAAGAGAUCACUCAGGCAGUCGAUUAAGUGCUGUAUUUGAAGUGGACACAGAUCUUCAGAAGGCUGUGACAUCCAAAAUCACAGCAGAACUGGCUUGGCCUUCUUUACUAGGCUCAAUGAGGCAUUUGGAUUUCUCACUUACCAACACAAAUAGUUCAUCUGAAGAAGAAAUUCUUCUUGAAAAUCCAGCAGAUGUUCCUGUGUUUGUUCAGUUCCUUCCCAUAGCACUGUAUUCUAAUCCUUCAAUCUUCAUAGAUAAAUUAAUAGACAGAUUUAAUUUGAGUAAGCCAGAAAACUUUAAUUUAAGGACGUUAGAAUUUCAAGUCUCUAGGAACUGUGGACAGGCAUUGCAGAGCUCUACAGGAUUUACAGAGGGGCUGUCUCGGCAGUCAGUUUUAAAUGUAAUUUUAAAGCCUGGAGAGAGAAAAUCUGUCAGAGUAACAUUUACUCCAGUUCAUAAUAAAACAGUAUCAUCACUAAUAAUGAUCAGAAAUAAUUUGACUGUAAUAGAAGCUUUAAUGGUUAAAGGACAAGGGACAACUGAGAGCAUGAGGAUCGCAGGCAAACCACCUGGGCCAGGAAGUUCUUUGCGUUUUAAAAUCACUGAAGCAUUACUAAAAGACUGUACUGAAAAAACUAAAUUAAAGGAGCCGAAUUUUACACUGAAAAGGACCUUCAGAGUGGAGAAUACAGGGCAACUUCAAAUUAAUAUAAAAUCCUUUGAAAUAAGCGGAUAUUUAUGUGAAGGAUAUGGAUUUAAAGUAGUUAACUGUCAAGAAUUUGCACUAAGCACCAAUGCCUCUAAAGACAUUGUCAUAUUGUUUACACCAGAUUUCACUACUUCCAGAGUUAUUCGUGAACUGAAGUUAACCACAGCAGGAGGCUCUGAAUUUGUAUUCAUUUUAAAUGCAUCUCUUCCUUAUCAUAUGUUAGCUACUUGUGCAGAGGCCCUGCCCAGGCCCACCUGGGAGCUAGCACUGUAUGUAGUAGUCUCAGGAAUAAUGAGUGUGCUCUUCCUUUUGGUGAUUGGAACAGCUUAUUUAGAAGCUCAAGGAAUUUGGGAACCAUUCAGAAGACGCCUGUCCUUUGAGGCAUCCAAUCCUCCAUUUGAUAUGGGAAGACCGUUUGAUCUCAGGAGAAUAGUAGGAAUUACAUCUGAUGGAAACUUGAAUCCACUUGGAUCAGAUUCUAACCACAGCUCUUCCAGAGGAAUCUAUGGGCCGGGAAGUUCCUCAGCACGAUCCAGUGCAGGAAAUCAUAAGCAAUGCAACUCAACAGUAAACCUACACAGCAAUAGAAAUCCAGUUGAAAUUGAGAAUGUGAAGUUUAAAAACAGUUCAAGUGUUUCUAGCAGGACUUCCCCACAGACAGGUUCUGCACAGGCAGCCAACAGAGCAGGUUCUCUUUUCCUGGACUCCAGUCCUGCAACUCAGAAUCAUACUGCAAGUAGAAAAUCCAGGGGUGCAAAGCAAAAUCUGCAGUCAAACCAGCAUCACGCUCCGGUUUUACUGGAGCAGCACUUACCACAGCCGCCAGUAGUGCCUCAGCAGCAAGAACAGCAGAAUGAAGAUUCUCUCCCACCAUCACAACAUCCAACCCCAUCACACUCAGAAAGUGCCGGGAACACAAGGCACAGCUCAGAGGACUCUGAUUUUGCUACUUUGAUAGAAACCAUGGAUAAAGACUCUGAUCACCCCGAAUCCCCUUCACCAGAUGUGUUUGUAGAGCACCCCCCAUCUCCAAUAGCAAAAAAUAAAGGGAAAGGAAAACCGUUUCAGCGGAAAGCUAAGCCUCAGAAGAAAAGAGAAGAAAAAGAGAGAAGAGGAAAGGGAAAGCAGCAUGAGGAUGAACUAAAGGAUUCUCUAGCAGAUGAUGACAGUUCUUCAACUACCACAGAAACUUCCAAUCCAGACACAGAAACACUUCUGAAAGAGGAAACAGAAAAGCAAAAGGGAAAACAUCCAAUAUCAGAAAAACAGGAAAGUGAAAUCCAUGCAAAGCAGAAAAGCAAAAAACUACCAGUAAUCAAAAAAGAAAUCCCAACAGAUGUGAAAUCUAGCUCCUUUGAGAUGUCAUGUUCUUCGUCACUAGAAAUUAAGCCACAUAAAAGCUUUUCCUCCAAGCUGUCUUCCCAGCAUACAUUCACAAAUGGAUUCAAGCCAAGAAACCCCCAGAAAAAAGGUAUGCACUCAAAACCUAUGGACAGCAGACCACCAUCAUUAGCAAAGUUUUUUUCCAGUAGCUGUGGUCAGGAAUUAGGCAAUACCAGCAGCUCAGAAGGAGAAAAAGACUCUCCACCACCAGAGUGGGACUCAGUGCCAAUUCACAAAGCAGGCAGCUCUACUGACAACCUCUAUAAGCUAUCUCUGCAAACCAUCAAUGCAGAUGCUUUUUUGAAGCAACGACAGACCUCACCAACUCCUGCCUCUUCAUCUCCACCCCCUGCAGCAUUGACCUUUGUGCCACGAAGUACUUACAGCAGUAUUGUGAACAACUGCAAUGAACCAAAAAGCAAAUUGUUGGCAAGUGCCAAACAUAAGGUGGCCAAGGCAGCCUCUCUCCCUGGCAGGAAUGGAAAUCCUACUUUUGCCGCUGUAGCUGCUGGUUAUGACAAGAGCCCAGGAGGCAGUGGCCUGGUAAAGCCUUCACCAGUUAAAGGCGAGGUUUCUGGCUGCAUGAAUGCUCCAAACACAGCUGUUGACAGUGAUGGCUCUGACAGUUCUGGUUUGUGGAGUCCUAUAAGCAAUCCUAGCAGCCCAGAUUUCACACCCCUCAACUCAUUUUCAGCAUUUGGAAACUCCUUUAAUCUGACUGGAGAAGUUUUCAGUAAACUCGGAUUGUCACCAUCUGCAUAUGGGCAGGAAUCUCAGCAAAACUGGAGUGAAUUUACCAAUGUUCCUUCGUCCAUCUGGGACUCUUCAGCUACGGAUCUUAUGCCCCCCUGGCCCUCAAGCUCAGGAUCCCCAACUCACACAACUCCAUCUAUCCUUGGCAACCCAAGCAGCUUUUGGUCUACUACCACCACUCCGUUCAGCAGCUCCAUUUGGUCAAGCAAUUUGAACAGCACUCUUCCUUUCAACACUCCCACAAACACCUUGCCGGGAAUUGACCUUGGAAAUGAAAAUGCACCUCCGCCUUCUGCUGCUGCCGCCCCAGCAGUUAGCAGCCCUGAAGACUUGGGACAAACAUAUAACCCAUGGCUAAUUUGGAGCCCUGCGAUUGGGAGAAGAAGCUCAGAUCCUUGGCCUAAUGUGCAUUACCCACCUGAAAAUUGAAAUUAAGCAAAUAAAAGGACAGUUGCCCAGAUCUGAUCAUGGUAAAUUCUGUAACAUUCUGGAACAUAAUUUGCAAGCUGUUUGCUGCCAUCAGCCCCUUGCUCCUUUCCCCACAGCACCAUGAAAAUCUAGUCAUAUAUCCAUCUCUUGCUCCUAUUAAAGUCCUGCACUUAUGGUAGUAUAAAAUCGCUGAUCAGCUUGGAAAUGGUUUGGAUUGUUAAUCAGCAGCCAAAGCCUUGGUGUGUUAACAUCUCCCUUCAGGUUUUUUAAUCACCUUGCAACUUCCAAAAUGCAGUGAUUUUAGGCUACUGUGCUUGAUUUUUAAACCCUCACCCAGUAUUAUGCUCUGAACCAUAAUUUUAAGGAGCACCUUGUGCAAAAAAAAAUGCAGAGUAUUUUUUAAAAAGUAAGGCUGUCUUUGUUAAAGACUCAAUGAAUGUAAAAACCUUAGGAGCAAAAAUUGCUGAAUAUAAGAGCAUUCUGUUCAAAUUCAACAUUUUAUGUGCUGUUUGUAAAUUUGUAAACCUGAAUGCAUUUUUAAGUUGAACUGAAAUAUGCAUAGCCAAUUCCUUGUGCUUUUCUUACCAAUACAACUUUGAGUUGUACUUGAAAAUAAAUAAUGCUUUUUUCA